ACGACAUUGUUAUUGUAAAUAUCAGCACAGCGGGAACCCUGGGGGCUGGCUGGACCGGCUUCCCUGCCUGCGUCUCCCCCACCCCCACUCCGCGGCCAGCCCUGGCCGGGUAUUCCCGGAACAGGCUGGACUGGCAGGCCGCGCCACCCCGGCUCCCUUGGGCUUCAGGGCCCCAGGUCCCUUUGCAGAGGGUGCAAGCCUGCGGCGGUAUUUGCGACCCUCCUCGGGCCUUUUAGCUGCGUUCUGCGAGCCACCUGGGUCCCCAGCACACCUGGGUCCCUCACACCUGUGUCCCUCUCACACCUGGACGCCCCCUCCGCCGGGUGCCGGCUACAGGCCAGAGUCGUGUGCGCGGGCAAGGCCCUGCGGCCCGAAGGGAGAUCGCUGCACGCGCUGGAGCAAAAUUGCCCUCCUGAUUCUAGAGCCUGCCAGGAUGGGGCCCCUGAGGCCUAGCCCAGGCCCUGGGCGGCAACGGUUGCUGCUGCCUCCCUUGUUACUGACACUGCUGCUUCUGCUGGCCGCAUCCCCAGGCCAUGCCACUCGGGUGGUGUACAAGGUGCUGGAGGAACAGCCACCCAACACCCUCAUUGGGAGCCUCGCAGCUGACUACGGUUUUCCAGAUAUGGGCCACCUGUACAAACUAGAGGUAGGCGCCCCGUACCUGCGGGUGGAUGGCAAGACGGGAGACAUCUUCACCACGGAGACCUCUAUCGACCGCGAGGGGCUCCGUGAAUGCCAGAACCAGCUCCCCGGUGAGCCCUGCAUCCUGGAGUUUGAGGUGUCUAUUACAGACCUCGUGCAGAAUGGCAGUCCCCGGCUGUUAGAGGGCCAGAUAGAGGUACAGGACAUCAAUGACAACACGCCCAACUUCGCCUCGCCAGUCAUCACGUUACCCAUCCCUGAGAACACCAACAUCGGCUCACUCUUCCCCAUCCCGGUGGCUUCUGACCGUGAUGCUGGCCCCAACGGUGUGGCGUCCUAUGAGCUGCAGGCCGGGCCCGAGGCCCAGGAGCUAUUUGGGCUUCAGGUGGCAGAGGACCAGGAGGGGAAGCAGCCACAGCUCAUCGUGAUGGGCAACCUGGACCGGGAGCGCUGGGAUUCCUAUGACCUCACCAUCAAGGUGCAGGAUGGUGGCAGCCCCCCACGUGCCAGCAGUGCCCUGCUUCGAGUCACUGUGCUUGACACCAAUGACAACGCCCCCAAGUUCGAGCGGCCCUCCUAUGAGGCUGAGCUGUCUGAGAACAGCCCCAUAGGCCACUCAGUCAUCCAGGUGAAAGCCAAUGACUCGGACCAAGGUGCCAAUGCGGAGAUUGACUACACAUUCCACCAGGCGCCUGAAGUGGUGAGGCGUCUUCUGCGACUGGACAGGAACACUGGACUUAUUACUGUGCAGGGCCCCGUGGAUCGUGAAGAUGUAAGUACCCUGCGCUUCUCAGUGCUCGCCAAGGACCGAGGCACCAACCCCAAGAGUGCCCGCGCCCAAGUGGUGGUGACUGUGAAGGACAUGAACGACAAUGCCCCCACCAUUGAGAUCCGGGGCAUAGGGUUGGUGACCCAUCAAGACGGGAUGGCGAACAUCUCAGAAGAUGUGGCAGAGGAGACAGCUGUAGCCCUGGUACAGGUAUCUGACCGAGAUGAGGGAGAGAAUGCAGCUGUCACCUGUGUGGUGGCAGGUGACGUGCCCUUCCAGCUACGCCAGGCCAGUGAGACGGGAAGUGACAGCAAAAAGAAGUACUUCCUGCAGACCACCACCCCACUCGACUACGAGAAGGUCAAAGACUACACCAUAGAGAUUGUGGCCGUGGACUCUGGCAACCCCCCACUCUCUAGUACCAACUCCCUCAAGGUACAGGUGGUAGACGUCAAUGACAAUGCACCUGUCUUCACCCAGAGCGUCACUGAGGUUGCCUUCCCAGAAAACAACAAGCCAGGUGAAGUGGUCACCGAAGUCACUGCCAGUGAUGCUGACUCGGGCUCUAAUGCUGAGCUGGUUUACUCUCUGGAGCCUGAGCCAGCCGCCAAGGGCCUCUUCACCAUCUCACCUGAGACUGGAGAGAUCCGGGUGAAGACAUCCCUUGAUCGGGAACAGCGGGACAGUUAUGAGUUAAAGGUGGUGGCAGCCGACCGGGGCAGCCCCAGCCUGCAGGGCACAGCCACCGUCCUUGUCAACGUGCUGGACUGCAAUGACAAUGACCCCAAGUUUAUGCUGAGUGGCUACAACUUCUCAGUGAUGGAGAACAUGCCGGCACUGAGUCCAGUGGGCAUGGUGACCGUCAUUGAUGGGGAUAAGGGGGAGAAUGCCCGGGUACAGCUCACAGUGGAGCAGGACAAUGGUGACUUUGUUAUUCAGAAUGGCACGGGCACGAUUCUCUCCAGCCUGAGCUUUGAUCGGGAACAGCAAAGCACCUAUACAUUCCAGCUGAAGGCGGUGGAUGGCGGUGUCCCACCUCGCUCAGCUUAUGUUGGUGUCACCAUCAACGUGCUGGAUGAGAAUGACAAUGCGCCUUUUAUCACCGCCCCUUCCAACACCUCCCACCGGCUGUUGACCCCCCAGACCCGUCUUGGUGAGACGGUCAGCCAGGUGACAGCUGAGGACAUUGACUCUGGUGUCAAUGCUGAGUUGACCUAUAGCAUUGCUGGUGGCAACCCUUACGGACUCUUCCAGAUCGGGUCACAUUCAGGUGCCAUCACCCUCGAGAAGGAGAUUGAGCGGCGCCACCACGGGCUGCACCGCCUAGUGGUAAAGGUCAGUGACCGUGGCAAGCCCCCACGCUAUGGCACGGCCUUGGUCCACCUUUAUGUCAACGAGACCCUGGCCAACCGCACCCUGCUAGAGACCCUGCUGGGCCACAGCCUGGACACGCCACUGGACAUCGACAUUGCUGGGGAUCCAGAAUACGAGCGCUCCAAGCAGCGUGGCAACAUCCUCUUUGGUGUGGUGGCUGGUGUUGUGGCUGUGGCCUUGCUCAUUGCCCUGGCAGUGCUCGUGCGCUACUGCCGGCAGCGGGAAGCCAAGAGUGGCUACCAGGCCGGUAAGAAGGAGACCAAGGACCUGUAUGCCCCCAAGCCCAGCAGCAAAGCCUCCAAGGGAAACAAAAGCAAAGGCAAGAAGAGCAAGUCCCCAAAGCCUGUGAAGCCAGUGGAAGAUGAGGACGAGGCCGGGCUGCAGAAAUCUCUCAAGUUCAACCUGAUGAGCGACGCCCCUGGGGACAGCCCCCGCAUCCACCUGCCCCUCAACUAUCCACCGGGCAGCCCUGACCUGGGCCGCCACUACCGCUCUAACUCCCCACUGCCUUCCAUCCAGCUGCAGCCCCAGUCACCCUCGGCCUCCAAGAAGCACCAGGUGGUGCAGGACCUGCCACCCGCAAACACAUUCGUGGGCACAGGUGACACCACGUCCACAGGCUCUGAGCAGUACUCCGACUACAGCUACCGCACCAACCCCCCCAAAUACCCCAGCAAGCAGUUACCUCACCGCCGCGUCACAUUCUCCGCCACCAGUCAGGCCCAGGAGCUGCAGGACCCGUCCCAGCACAGUUACUAUGACAGUGGCCUGGAGGAGUCUGAGACGCCGUCCAGCAAGUCGUCCUCGGGACCCCGGCUCGGCCCCCUGGCCCUGCCCGAGGACCACUACGAGCGCACGACGCCCGAUGGCAGCAUAGGAGAGAUGGAGCACCCUGAGAACGACCUGCGCCCUUUGCCUGAUGUUGCCAUGACAGGCACAUGUACCCAGGAGUGCAGUGAGUUUGGCCACUCCGACACGUGCUGGAUGCCUGGCCAGUCGUCUCCCAGCCGCCGGACCAAGAGCAGCGCCCUCAAACUCUCCACCUUCGUGCCUUACCAGGACCGAGGAGGGCAGGAGCCUGUGGGCGCCGGCAGCCCCAGCCCCCCGGAAGACCGGAACACCAAAACGGCCCCCGUGCGCCUCCUGCCCUCCUACAGUGCCUUCUCCCACAGUAGCCAUGAUUCCUGCAAGGACUCGGCCACCUUGGAGGAAAUCCCCCUGACCCAGACCUCGGACUUCCCACCUGCAGCCACACCGGCAUCUGCCCAGACAGCCAAGCGCGAGAUCUACCUGUGAGCCCCCUUCUGGCCUGUGGCCAUGCCCCUCCCCCAGCCACCGGCCAGCUCCCAGAUGGGCCCAUUCCAGGGCCCUGCUCCUGACCCCUCCAGCGUGGACUUCCUGGCCAGGGCCCUACGUGGGGGUGAGUACUGGCCUCAUGACCACGCAGGCCCUUCCCCCAUGCAGGGUCCAGGUCCUUUCUCCUCACUUCAUCCCCCAGCCCCUGGGAGCCCUUCUUCCCCUUUAUGGGGCUCCCCCCAGCUGGUGCCCAAGAGGGCUCCUCUACAAUGUCUAGGCUCCCUUCUCUCAACUUCCAGGGAGCACCCCCUCACUUCGGGCAGAUGGUGGAGUCAAGGGUGGGCAACACACUUUUAACUCAUUGUUUCUCGCAUGGCCGACUAGGGUGGAGACAGGAUGUCCCCAUUCCGGCCCUGCUUCAGGGCUGAACUGGGGAGCCCCUCUCCCUGGGAACUCCCAGAGGAAACUCUUGACCCCCAGGGGCUCCCUGAAGGGCUUUUGUUACCAAAGGUGGGGUGGGGAUGGGGGUGGGAGUGGGGCGGAGGCCUUGUCUUCCUAUACUGCUCCUGGGCUGGCCCACCUGCCUGCCACAUGCCCAUGCCUGAUCCCAUCUGGGCACCCCCCUUCCCUACUGGUCAUGCAGUGUCUGUAUAUAAGGACCUUGGAAUGAUGUCCCCAUUUCUGCCUGAUUUGCAACUUUUCUUGUUGAUGUUGUGUUGUCUUGGGGGACCCCUCGGAGGGGGGGCUGCCCUGUGCCCCCUCCUCCCUGCCGCAGUGCCCCCCACCCCAGGCCUCUACUGUUCCAUGUUGUAAAUACCCCUGGGGCCGUAGUGGGAUGGGGGUGCAGGCCAGGGAAACAGUGGGUGGGUGGGGGUGGGAAUGGGGGUAACAUUCGCCUAUCAGCAGAGCUGGGCUUUUAUUUAAUUUUUUUUAAAAAUACAAAUCUCUAUUUUUUUGGAACUGUUGCGCUGUGCCCUGGGGGGGGGAUCCCUGCUCAGGCUGGCCCCCCCACAUCCAGAUGAGCAUCACAGAGGGGCCCUGAGGCUGUGGGGGGCAGCUGGACAGGGGUGGGAUGACUGUGCCUCUGGCCUGGUUGGGUGAGUUGGGAGCAGGAAGGUUUGCUCAAGGGGUGGCUGGUCGCUGCCCCCAGCAGGGGGAACCUGCACCCUGCCCCCUCCCUGCCCCCCAACCCCCAGCCCCUGCCAUGACUGACCCGUCAGCCUGUAAAACCACCAUUGCCUUGAUCUCAGGGGGUGGGAAGGGCUGCCUCAGGGCACCCUGGGCUCCAGGCCCCCUUCUUCCAGUUGGGCUUCCCUUUGCCAGGGUCAGGGGUCCCAUGGGGGAGGGGGUGGGGAGAUUGGGGGGCAGAGAAGCCCAGUCAGCCAUGAUGAGGUGGGAUUCCUUUCUGCACCUCAGGGGGCCAGGGUGUGAGGGGCAUCCUGCAGAGCCCCCAUCUCCCACUGUGGCCAUCUCAAAGCCUCAGUCCCUCUCCCUUCCAGAAACCCCCACUGCCUUGGCCCAUACCUCUCCAGCUCCCCAGGGGCCCAGGCUGGGAGGCUGGAGACUCAGGGUAUGGCCUUUGCUUGACUUAGUCUAAGCUUGGGGGGCAGCCCAAGGGUGGGAGGGGGUGGUUACAGGCUGCUGGGUCGUCUGGUGCCUUUGGGAGCUGUGCUGCUGGGGUCUUGACUCCUGUAACCCCAGAGACCCCAUCUCCACCUUAGAAAAGCCAGGGGCCUGAAGAAUCACCCUAUUCUCUGCUCCUUGCCCCUAACUUGGCUUGGGGUAACAGUGCUGGGAAGGAGAGCAUUGUUAGGCUGGUGGCCUCAGCAUACACAGCCCUUCUAUUGAGGGAAGAGGGUAGAGUGGGCUGGGGUGGCAGCAACCAGGUCUGGGGGUUGGCCAAAGGCUCCUUUCCCUGGGGGAGGCCCAGAAGUGGGCUGGGGGCUUAUUAAAGAGACAGCCCCUUUCCCCUGCACAAACAGGGCAGGUGCAAUAGUGGUGGAGUUGGUAACAUGAGGUGCCCAGCUGGUGGGGCAGUAGCCUCAAGGGCUGUCCUGGGUCCUGGAGGUCAGGAUUCUGGCAAGAAGAUUGUAUGAGGCCCAUUUGCUUGGUGGAGAGGGUGGUCCAGACAGGAGGCAUUCCUGGAGUCAAUGGACUCCCCUGGAAGCCCCUGGUGGCCUGGGCACCUUGCCCUGGUUUUGGAGACCCCUGAGCACUGAGUGGAAGGGCAGAGGAGCAUUUUGCACAAUGGAAAAGCCAGAAGGAAGGGGGUAGCCCAGAUGGCUGGGAGGGCUGAGAAGCACAGAGGGGGAGCCCUUCCCAUAGGCCAAGGCAGAGUCCUGGCCCCCUGGUUGGGGUCGGGGUGCUGAGUCUUUCACCACCUGGGCACUCGAGAGGUGAAACCAAAGGUGGGCAGGGGAUGGGUGACAGCACUGGGGAUCACCCCCAUUGGUCCUAGGUCUGUGAAACCCUUCCCCAAUGCCUUGUGUCGCGUACAGUUUUAUGUACAAAUAGGCGACAUUUGGCCAGAGGAGACCCCCUCAAACCCAGCCUGACCCAGUCAGUGUCUUCCUAGAGGGGACCUAGUUGGUCCCCAACCCCCUACUUCAGAGCAUGUCUCUUGGUAGGGGGAGGGUAUAUGGGACCUCUCCUGGGGUCCCUGAAGCGUGUCUCACAUCCCUGGGGGAGGGUCUCUGGGGCAUCUCUCACCUCUGGGGGCUCCCUAGGCCCUAUCUCUCCCUUUGGGAGUCUCUGGAGGGACAUGUAUUCCCUCUGGGGACCAUGGGAGCAUGUCUCCCCCCUACCCAGGCUCUCUGGGGAGCCUGUUUUCCUCCCAGGGUUCCUGGGAGUACUUAAGGCAUGUCAGUCUUGGGCCAUCUCUCUUCCCAGGGAAGGGGGCUAUCUCUGCAGCAUGUCUGGGAAGGGAUGUUUCUGGCCCUCCCUGUAUCUCUCCUCUGGGGGUGUCUCUGACCUGCAGCACUUUGGGAAGAGACUGGGCAGCUCUGAGUUGUCUUUUCUCCUGGAGGCUCUGGGAUACCUCUCUCUCCUGAGGACCCGGCCUCUGGAGCCAUUUCUUCCCUGGGUGUGGGCUGUCUCCUGGUGUUGGAGGGCUUUUGUUGGCCAUGAGAAAGUCUCUUAGGGGGCGUCUCCAUGCGGGACUUCUCUGGGAGGGGGGACUGUGUCUCGCCCAUGGGGUUCCCAGGCGGGUGUGUCUGCCCGUGGGGAGAGGGAGACUGUGUCUCCUCGGGUUAUCUGAGUGGGGAGGGGGGCCGUGUCUCUCUCGUGUGUUGGGGGGUGGGGUUCGGGGAGGGGGGUUUUGGGCUCAUCGGGUGCCCACACUGGGGUCGUGUUUCUCUUGGUUCGUGCCACUUCCCACCGCCUCGCUCCUCCCGGGAAGGGCCCCCGCCCCGCCCUCACUCGCCUCCCAUCCCUGGCGCUGCGAGCACAAUCCCGUUGAUUUGUAAUGAUUUCUGUCUCUUUCUGUCUUUCUCUUUCUCUGACCCCCCCCCUCCCCCGCCGCGAGCAUGCGCAGGCACCGCCCCUACCCCCUCCGGUUCGGUUCGUUUCCGGUUUGUUUGCUGAGCUGUCAAUGGAAGACCCGUGUAAUUAUUCCCGAGCUUUACAAUAAAAGUGUGAAAACCGGA